AAAUGUGACUAACAUCCACACUAACAAAAAAAAAAAAAAAAAAAAUCCGCUAUUUAUAGUGUCAAAAUUAAGCUGAUUAAUAAUCAAUUCUUGAUUCCCAGCUUACACCGAUCAACCUCUAAAAGUGUGUCUUCCUUACCCACGCGACAUUGGCGAAGUAAAUUGUACCCAGUUGGUACAGCAGCAAGCCAUAAAAUCAAAAAUUGAAUUGAAUUGCAAAUUGCAAAUGCAUUGUUUAAAUCUUGGAAUUUUUACAGGGUUUUAGUUUAAAACAAUAAGCUUGAUAGUCUUAAAACUAGUCAGGAAUUAUCAAAAGUGUUUUUCACAAUCGCAGAGCUUUAUCCGUGUCCCAGGGGCCAAUACCCUGUAGGUAGGAGGUUUGGCCUAUGAUCAGUUUCAUUUGAUUAUCACCUAUUUUAUUGUGAAACAAACCACAAUGAUGCAAUGCUUCGUGCCUUUCUGUGGAAAUACUUCUGGCAAUGUAUCUACAUCUGGGGAGCACAGAAUUACUUUCCAUGAGUUACCCAGUGAGGUCCAUCUCCGUGCUGCUUGGCUCAGAGCCCUCGGCAAACAAGACAAUCAUCUACCCGACCCUGCCGUGGUCUGCUCGCAGCAUUUCAUAGAUGAUGACUUCUGUGAUGCAGAGAGCUGUGCACGACAACUGCGCUCUGAUGCCAUUCCUUCCACACUGCUGAUGUGCGUGGUGUGUCUGGACACUGACAGCAAGCUGCUGCUGAUGAGUGAACACAAGCUGGAGGAGGCCUAUGAACAGUUCACUGGACUGCAAUUGUUUCAGUUGUGUCGUCGAGCAAACCUGAAGCAAACACUGUGUGUGCUGUGUGCUCAGAGAUUGAAGAACUUCAGUAGAUUUAGAGACUUGAGUUUCAGAGUCCAUUCAGUGAUGACAUACUUAGUCGAACAACAUUUAGCUAUUACUAAACAACAUAUAGGAACAAUGUACCACGCAACAAGACAACUGAAGUGCAGUUUUACUCGUACAACAUUAGGAGCUGAGCACUGUGACUUGUACAUAGAUCACACUGAUGAAGAGGAACAGCCAGCAGAGGAAUCUGUGGAGGCAGAUGUUGCAGCAGUUGCAGUCAAGGAUGAACACAGUUUUGACUCCAAAAGCCAUUUCGAUAAUGAAGAUCCAUAUAAUGAAGAAUACUCAGACUUGAGUAUAAAAUUGGCAGCAAAACUGGAUGAAACUCUUACCAGAACAGCUGCAGAUUCUUGCUCAGCAGUCAUAAAAAACGAAGCGCAUACUCCCAUAAAGUGUGAAGUUCCAACUCUUCAGUGUACGCUAUGUUUUGAGGAGUUUGUGCAAGAGAAUGCGUACAAUGAACACAUGAGCUUGCAUCUCCAGCAGAAUGCUGUAUGUGACGCAUCACAAGAGUGCAAGCCUCGUGCAGCUGAGCUUGAACUGGAGAACAAGACAGGAGUUCAGAAGCUGAAUGAUGUCCCUCCUCCGUCUGCAGACUCUACUCAGACUUCAGUCGCUCCACUGUCCGCGAGACUAGCGACAAACAAGAAAAACAGAGUGCAGGCAACUGAAGGAACAGCUGAUACCCAAAAAAGCGAACAAAUCCUUAAAACUGACAUUGUCGAACUGGGCAACCUAUCAUCUCAGAGCGGCAGUACAUUGUAUACGGAUACAAGUAGAUUGACAAAUUAUGAAGUCCUAUCAGAUGAUAAGCCACUUUUGAGGAUCCUCCCUCAUAAGAAGUGUUAUGUGUGUGAUAUAUGCAGUUAUAGAAGUACACGAAAGUACAAUUUAUCAUUACAUAUUAGAAAACAUACGGGUAAAAACCCUUAUUCUGGCGACAUACGCAAAUUCAAACGUGCCGUCAAAAAUAAAUUAUCUAAAAACUCCACAGAUAAAAAGCCUUACCUUUGUGACAUAUGCAGUCAUACAUUUGUAAAUAAACGUAAUUUAUUACACCACAUGAGGACCCACACUGGUGAAAAACCGUAUUCCUGUCAGAUAUGCAAUCAUGAAUUUGCAAAAAAAUGCACAUUACUCGGUCACAUGAGAACCCACACUGGUGAAAAACCCUUUUCUUGUGGGAUAUGCAAUUAUAAAUUUGCACGAAACUAUCAUUUAUUAGAGCACAUGAAAACCCACAGUGGUGAAAAACCUUUCUCUUGUCAGAUAUGCAAUCGUAAAUUUGCACGAAAAGCCGCUUUAUCAUUGCACACGAGAACUCACACUGGUGAAAAGCCUUAUUCAUGUAAUAUGUGCAAUUAUAAAUGUGCUGAUAGUUCUCAUUACUCAAGGCACUUAAGAGCCCACAUUGGUGAGAAGGCUUAUUCUUGUGACAUAUGCACAAAGCAAUUUCUAAAUAAACGCAAUUUAUUACAUCACAUGAGGACCCACACUGACGAAAAGCCUUAUUCUUGUAGUGUGUGCAAUUAUAAAUGUGCAAAAAAAUCAUCUUUAUUAAGGCACGUGAAAAACCACAGGUAAAAAUCAAAUUCAAUUAGGGUUCGCGAAACUUGGGAGCUCUGUGCAGCAACAAUCGGGAUGAUGACAGUUUUUUAAAUUGUAUAUAAAUUAAGAGUAUGCUAAUAGUAAAGCAAUUUUGUAAAAGUAACAGGGUAUCUGCGAUCAUUACUUUCGGAGCUACAGGGAUUUAAAGGGUCAGAUUUGUGGCGCUGCCGCGGAUCCCUGAUAAACGCCCCAUACAAAAUGGUAUGAAUUAAUGACGUCGUAGGUACAUAAUGAUCGUUAGAUUUGUAUGGGCGUUCAAACAAAAUUACUAAUAGCUUUGUUAUUUGUGCGUUUAUGUUUAUAGUUUAUGUAUUAAAAAAUGUCACAUUUAAUGUAAGGAAGCUAAAACUGUAUGAAUUUUCAUCUAAUUACAAUAAAAGAUUUUUAAUAGAUUUUGAAAUUUUAUAAUCUCAUUUAUUUUGCAAAUAUCCAGACAUCUUUGCUUUUUAUGUAUAAAUUAGUUAACAUUGACCUUAUUUACCCGAAUGUAUCAUAAAAAUCAAUAUAUUCAAACCUAGUCAUCAUCCCCAUUGUAAAUACGUGAAGAAAUGCUUGCAAUUAAUAAAACAAAUUUUCCUCAACUACUUUUUUGUUACUAUGAAGGGAUAACUAUAAGGCUGCCUUUUUGUAUCCUACUUGUUUGUUUUCUUGUGCGUUUGUUUUGUGGUUUUGGUUCCCUGUUCUGUGGUGUUUAAAUAAUGUAUGGAAAAAAUGGGCGCCAUCUUGAAGUUCCUUAUUAUUGGUCCGGGAUAUCUAAGAAUUGCAUUAAUCAAAAAAAAAUAAUCUUUAGAGAAAAUUAAAAAUUUUGUUGGAGUAACUUUGUUUAUAAUCUGCAGUGAAAAUUAAAAAAAUAAAACGGGCGUCAUUUUGAAAUUCCUUAAAAUUUAUAGGACAUUAAAAAUCGAUCUUUUUUUUACAAGUUAGCCCUUGACUACAACCUCACAUGAUGGUAAGUGAUGAUGCAAUCUAAGAUGGAAGCGGAUUAACUUAUUGGGAGUAGAAUGAAUAUCCAUACGCUAUUUGGUUUCUACGCGACAUCGUACUAGAACGCUAAAUCGCUUGGCGGUACGUCUUUGCCGGUAGGAUGGUCACUAACCACGGCCUAAGCCUUCCACCCUGACCUGGACCAAUUAAUUACAUAUCAAUCGGCCCAGCCGGGGAUGGAACCCAGGACCUCCGUCUUGUAAUUCCACCGCGCCACAGAGAUCGUCAAUAAGUGACUAACUCGAUUUUCUUUUUUCAUUAAAAGUUUUGGUUGUCUUCGCCUCCGCCUUAGUAAAGCAUAAAGAUGCAUGAGAAAUUCCAUUCACUCGCGUACUCACUUGUACCGCUCAGAAAUGACGGCAUAGUGCUUAGAGUUAUUUUCUGGUACAAUAACAGCCUUCUAAGCGUUAUUCACGUUGGUUCAUUUUACAGUUAAUUUUUGUUUAAGGGCUUGUGGUAUAUUUGUACCGAAUCGUAUACUUGACCACUUUCGCUUUAACUAUUUGAUAAAAAAUAUUACUUGAGGAAUGAUUAGUCAUUCCUCAAGUAAUAUUAAAAUUAGGUGUUCAAACUUCGAAGCCUUAGUGUCGCCGCACACGGGCCACACGUGACAGCCACAAACGCCGCCACAAGAAGCAAGAAGGGUGCACAAAAGUAGCUCGAGCGCGCUACAGCCACUUGUAGUUGGUGGUUGCUACUUUUUUAACUCAUACAUGCAGUAUCAUAAUCACUCGAGUGGCGUGUUGCGGCGUUUAGUGGCCGGUGCGGGCCACAAGAAGCAAGUAGCGACGUUUGUAGUGGCCACCGAUGUCAACCGUGUGCGGCGAGUCCAUAUAAAAUGUAUGAAACUACAGGAAUUAAGCCGGUAGCGGCGUUUUAAGGUUGUGGCCAGUGGCCCGUGUGUGAGAGCCCUAAAUCAUUUGUCGUCUGUGGCACAGAAUAAUACAAUUUUUACUGUGUCUGUGGCAUGACUGGGAAAAAAGGGACAGCCGUUGACACUUGUCAGUGUUUGUCAAAGUCAUUGUCAUUAAUGUUUCUUGGUUUGUUUGUUUUGUUUUGAAUAACCUAUUUUUUUAUUCUACGAGAUUAGGAUUUUAGUUUAAAACUUAAUGCUUAUUCGUGUAAAAACGAGACGGGACUUGGAAAAAGUGAUGUUCUCACUCGUAUACCCUUAACCGUGUCUUAGUAGGAAGGAAAUUUGCGUUUGACCGAUGAUCAUUGUAUACUUAUCAAAGUAAUAACUUUGAGAUUCUUGACGUAAAACUAUAUACACCAACGAUGCGAUGCUUCGUGCCUUUCUGCGGAAAUACUUCUGGCAAUGAAUCUACGUCCGGGGAGGACGUAACCUACGAAUUACCUUCCAUGGGUGAGUUGAAAUAUAAUGUUUACUUAGUGGCUAAUACUGCAAAAAUUGCACAGAUUAGUCAACUAAAGAUCAACUCCUCUCCCCAUUCUCACAAUUCAUGGAUAAAUCAAAAUUCAAAAGUAGAUAUGAUACGGAUAGCAGUUUGGCCGGAUACCAAAUGCCGGAUAUUCGGCCAAACAUGUGACCAGAUAGCUGGAUAUCCGGCCGAAAAAUAAAGUCAAUUAAUACCCAAAUUUAAAAAGUUUUCUUCUGCACCUUGCAUAGCGUGUGUAUAGCGAAUGACUUUUUUCUGAAACUGGCCUUAUGAAGAGAAACGCAACUGCCUGCUACCUCUCAAUGAAAAGAAAUUAGUAUUUAUUCACCAUAGUUGCAGUAUGAGUACUAAUUCAUUCAUUUUCUUUGUAUUACAUUAAUUAUAUAAUAAAAGUUUAAAACUAAUUAUAUUUAAGCUAAGUGAUAUUAAGACUAAUUAAAUAAAGCAAAUAAUUACUCAAAAA